AUGGUAACUCACGGUUCCUCUUAUGAACUUAUGAGAAACCUAAAGCUCCUAAAUGAGCCCAGCAUAAAUCUGCAAAGGGAUGACCAUUUGCAACUCAUACGUCAAAAUCUCCGUAAGUAUAUAAAAGAGGCAUACGAGAAAAACCAACACGCUUACAACCUUCGAACCAGGCCACGGGCUAUCGAUAUUGGUGAAACGGUAUUCCGUAGAAACUUCUCUCAAAGUAAUCUGGAAAAAAGCUUUAACGCCAAGCUUUCGCCAGUUUUCAUCAAGGCCAAAGUGAAGGAAAAGUUGGGCAAUCUCUACUACGUGUUGGAGGAUGAAGAUGGCAAGCAUUCCGGAACAUAUCAUAGCAAAGACAUUAGGUCCUAA